CCAUUUAAAAAAGUGCUUCAACAGCUGUGAGCCGCAGCCUCUAGAGCGGUCGUUGUACUUGAUGCUGGAGCUGGGUGGUUACGCACCAAGCAGCCCUCAGAAGUUAUAACACAAAUACUUCAGGAUACACGCGAAAAAUACUAAUGAUCAGAGGAGUCGGACGAUCCAGAUCAGACAAAUCUUAAUAUAUCGAGGUUUUUUUAAAAAAAGUUAUGGAGACAACUUUGCAUUUACUGCAAACGGAAACAAAAAGUGUUGAUACAAUUUUAGGCACAACUUCAUUGAACCUAAACUGCACGCCAAUGCCGAGUGAAGACUUCAACGAACAGAUGGGGCUGUCUGACAAAAUCCCUCUUGUCAAGCCUUAUUUAAAAAAGAAACACGCUCCGAGGAAGUUGGAUACAAAAUGUCUCCGGGCUUUGGAUCCCAUCCUGACCAGUUUAUUAAGCUCAGAUGCACUUGUAGGGGGAGGCGAUGGGGUCUUUGUACCGAGGAAUCAGUCCAGAAGUCAAAGAAAUUUGUGCGAGGCUGUUGUACAAAAGCAAACGAGGCUAAACCAGAUUUGCUUAAAAGAAGGGGGUGCUGUGCCUGGGUUGACACCGCGCGCUGAAGCAGCACAGCUAACUGACCCGAACGCUAAACUUGUGGAACCCGAACAAGAGGUUCAAAUUCAGUCUGGUACAAUAGAUUCUGAUGAGCGCAGUUUUCAGCCUCCGGCAAGCGAAACAGCGGUGGCGAGUGCUGCCAGUCCGCCGUGUCAAGAUGACAAGAUGAAUGGAAUCUACCCCUCUGAGUCGUUCCAGGGUGCUAAUUGCCUUGCUGACAAUGACAGCCUCGUGCAAAGCGGGAUCUUCCAGGAUAAAAGCGACGAAGCCUCGUUGGAUCUUGUGUUUGAACUACUGACCCAGCUGCAGUAUCACACGCAACAAGGGGACGGGAUAUCGGUCUGCGUGGAUUUUCUGCAGGGGAUCUGUGUUUAUGGCAACGACUGCCCCGAACAUCACACGGUGCUGCCUUACCACUGGCAGAUCAGGAAGACUGGGACUCCGAUUUGGCAAAGUGUUUCUGACGAAUCGCAGGAACAAUUGGAAAGACUCUAUUGUAAUCCAGAUAAUGAACAAGUCAGGCUUAAAUAUCAGGGACGUGUUUUUGCACUGGAUUUCAGCCUCAUGAGGGUUGCCGAUGUAGAAUAUGACUUGGUGCGGAGAUUGUCCACUCCUCCCAGCACCAACCUAAACUCCAACUACCACACUGUGUGGAAGUACUACUGCCAGGACAGCUUCGGCUGGAGGGAGUACUCUGAGCCAGUUGUUCGAUUGAUAGAAGAAGCUACCUGCAGGGGGUUAAAGGAAGUGCGCUUUGUGACUUUGCAAAAUCAGUACAUCCUGAACAUCAGAGAAGGGUUCCAGCAGAACGCCAUCUUUGGUUUCAGAAGACAGAUCAAGAAAAGACCCCUUUUCCUCUCCACGGUCAUGCUGAUGCCUUACUUACAAACGCUUAGUGGCCUCUCUUUACCAAUAUCUCUACCAAGCGGAACAGCUUCCUCUGAACCCCUAUCUCCAACAGCCUCUACCUCUCUGAAGAUGUAUCCCGAAACCUGGAUUUCGAUGGAUUCCUUUCAGGAUUUUAUGCAAGUGCCUGUGUCUAAGGAAGACAAAAGCUACAGAACUGUCUAUAGUCUCUUCCACAAGACUGUAUCAGAGACUAAAUUUAAGAUCAUGAAGAUCACCAGGGUGCAGAAUCCUUUCCUUUGGGAAAAGUAUAAAAGGAAGAAGGAGUACAUGUCUAGAAAAAUGAGCGAAAUGGACCGCAUGAUAAACGAAAGACACCUGUUCCACGGGACCUCCCAGGACGUUGUCGACGGGAUCUGCAAACACAACUUCGACCCACGGGUCAGUGGGAAACACGCCACCAUGUUUGGACAGGGAAGCUACUUUGCCAGAAAGGCCAUCUACUCGCACAACUUUUCCAAACGGUCUCCGAAGGGAGUUCACUAUAUGUUUCUAGCCAAGGUGCUCACAGGGAAAUUCGUAGUGGGCAACGCCACCAUGAGGAGGCCACCGCCUUUGAACGCCAACGACCCAUCCAGUGACUUGUUCGACUCUUGCGUUGACAACUGGAUAGACCCUCAAAUCUUUGUCAUUUUUAACGAUGACCAGAGCUACCCUUAUUUCAUUAUACAGUAUGAAGAAGUUUCCAAUACUGUCGCUAUUUAGUCUGUUUUGUUGCUAAACCCUGCUGAAGAAAAGCCAGUGGACCGUAAGGUUACUGAGUCAGGGUUUCUAUGAAUCAGAUAUACCAGACCCAUUUCUGUAUUUCAAGCUUUGGACAUUAAAAAAGGCAAUGAUCUCACAGCUCUAUAUGGGGAGCAGUUUCACUGCUAGACAAAGUAAAAAUUGAGCAUUUGACAAGACUGUUUUAUAGCAGCUGCAUCUUUUAAUGUUUAGAACUUUCCAAGUUUGUGUAUAGUUUUAUUGAAGACGUUAGUGGCAUGUUCAAAAACCAAUGGUGUUGUGACAUUUGACUUUCAGAUUUGUGAGAAUUGUAAAUAUGUAUUCAUUGUUUAUUUGAAAUAUGUGCCUUUUUGUUUAUAUAAAAAAUGUUUAUUUAUGUUAGUAAAUGUUCGAUUUAAAAAAAAAAAUGGUCUUGAUAGAAAGUUUAUUUAAAUGUGUGAUAUUGAAGUUCAGAACACUGAAUAGAUUACAAGUAGGUCUGAAGAGCACGACGAGCACCAGAAAACAGUUUCACACGAAUUUCCAUUUGGGCACAGACAAUGGAUUUUUUUGUCUAAUUGAAUACAUUAAAAUAGAUUAGCAUUUCACAAUAACAAAAACGCUGCUUCUCUGGAACUGGAGUGUCACAUGUAAGUGAAUAUUAACAAUACAGCAUGUGUGAGGCUGCAGUCUGCCUCUGGGAUUACAAUAUACUGUAUUACUUUAACUAUUGCUAACCUAUAUUUUAAGGUAAUUAAAAAAUAUAAAUAAAGAGGGGCAAACUAACUGUGGGCGGUUCUGAGGUUCAAUAUAAAGCUAGUGACACCAAGUGCGUUUUCUAGCAUUCAUCACAAAGGGGCCACCUAUAGCCAAUCAUAUUAGAGCUUACGUACCAUCGUAAACAAAAGCAAACAGAAUGCAGAUGCCGCCAGUGGCAAUGGAAACCGCUCCACAAUCUAUUUUACCUGCUAUUAAAACAGAAAUCUCAAGCCA